UUCCCUCAAACAGUCAUGACUAGUGUCUUCAUCUUCAUUGUCCUCCUUUGUUGUUGUUCUCAAAUUCACAAUGUGGCCUCUGCUGAUUAUGGAUCAGCACUCACAAAAUCUUUGUUGUAUUUUGAGGGUCAACGCUCGGGGAAGCUUCCUCCCAAUCAGAGAGUAAACUGGCGUGGAGAUUCAGCACUCAAUGAUGGCAAAGAUGCUGGAAUUGAUCUGGUGGGUGGAUACUACGAUGCUGGAGACAACCUGAAGCUAGGGUUUCCGCUAGCAUUUACUAUAACGAUGCUUUCAUGGAGCACGAUAGAGUUCAGGGAGAAACUUGCGCAGCAGAAGGAGCUGCAAAACGCGCUGGGCGCCAUUAGGUGGGGAACCGACUACUUGAUGAAAGCUCACCCACAGGCAGACGUGCUCUAUGGGGAAAUCGGCGACCCGGAUUCCGACCAUUCCUGCUGGCAAAGGCCAGAGGACAUGACAACGUCUCGCGCCUCCUUCAAGAUCGACGACCAGCAUCCCGGCUCUGAUCUCGCCGCCGAAACCGCCGCCGCUUUGGCUGCUGCUUCCAUAGCGUUUCAACCAUUCGAUAAAACAUAUGCAUAUAGGAUGCUGCAGCAUGCAAUUCAGUUGUUUGACUUUGCAAAUAAUCAUAAAGGCUUGUAUUCAGAUAGUAUCCCACCAGCGAAGGAAAUAUACUCAAGCAGCGGAUACCAGGACGAAUUACUAUGGGCAGCAGCAUGGCUUCAACGUGCCACCAACUUGAAGAAGUACCUUGAUUACCUCGGAGGAGCAAGCGACAUCGGCGGCCCAAGAUCAGAGUUUAGUUGGGAUGACAAGUAUAUAGGUGCACAUAUUCUUGUAGCAAAGCUUGUUUUAGAUGGUAAAGUGCCAGCAUCAGGGAUAUGGGCUCAAUACAAGACGCAGGCAGAGCAAUUCAUAUGCUCUUGUGCGCAGAAAUCAGACCAAAACGUGCAGAAAACUCCAGGGGGUUGGUUAUGGUUUUUGCCAUGGAACAAUAAUCAAUAUGUCGCUACUGCAACAUUUGCAAUGUCAGUUUAUUCCAAUUACUUAUCUUCUUCAAAAGGUGCCUCUCUCCAAUGCAGAGGUGGCGUUCUUAGUCCUAAUGAUCUCACCCCUCUUGUCCGAGCUCAGGUGGACUACAUUUUGGGUUCCAACCCCAGAAAGAUAAGUUACAUGGUGGGAUAUGGGACAAAUUUUCCGCAACAAAUUCAUCACAGAGCAGCAUCAAUUGUGUCCAUAAAACAGGAUAAAACCCCAGUGACAUGCAAAGGUGGCUUUCAGGAUUGGUACAACAGACACGCACCAAAUCCCAACACAUUAGUAGGCGCAGUUGUGAGCGCAGACGUAAAUGACAAUUACCAAGAUAGUAGGGGUGACUUCCAACUGGCUGAGCCAGCAACUGUUACUAAUGCACCUUUGGUGGGUGUUCUUGCGUAUCUAGCUUAACUUGUAACGCUUUUAUACCUUAUCUCGUUUUUUUUGGUAUUAAUAA